AUGUCAGCAGAAUCCCCGCUACGAAACCCAGCCCCUCACCGCGGCUUCAACAAUAAAGCAAGAGAAGUGCUAUUAGAUGGACCUUCACCUAGUACUCGUUUUGGUAAGUUCUUGCCUCGACUUCCCCAAAAAUUUUUAAAAUCCCUUUUCAAAAAAAAAUUUUGACUCCAUCCCCCUCUCCUUCGUCACAAAAACCUUUGACUUCAUCCCAAAUAAAGGAAAAACAAAAAAUCUUGUUUGCUAAACAGUCCAGCUAUUUUAAGCAACGUAAAGUCCGUUAUUUUAGGCCUAGAACGAACAGGAAGUGAUGAGGAGUUUCGUCGAAAACUGGCCGGAAUGAGAUUGAAUCGAACCGACAGUGAAGCCACAAAUGAAAGCCAGAAAAGCAACUCCUCCACACAGUCAUGCAGCGGUCAAAGUAGGUGUUUGUCUACUAUAAUCUCGGCGUUGUGAAAACAUAAUUUUUGACUGAAAUUUUUUUAAAACUAGGUUGAAAUUUAAAGAUAGACCUUUAGAAAGUUAAAGUUCAUAAAAUUGGUUCAAUUUGCUAGUGUUAUUAUCAAAUUUUCGCCUUUGUUAUCACAUUUUAUAGUUAAUACCAAGACUUCCCGUGUUAUUUGCUGCCAUACUGUCUAAUUUUUAACCUAAAUUAAAGAACAACCAAGAUUUUUCAAUCCUCAUGUUAUGCUUUAGCUUUUUCUGAAAAGAUUCUCGAAUUCGCUUCCAUUUUGAAACCGAAUUUUUCAUGAAACACCAAAAAUUAUCCAGUGCACUAUGAUGAAUAAUGUGUUCGAAAGCGCUGUUUUCUUUGGGGGAUUAAAACAAAAAAAAAGAAUAUUAACAUUAGGUGUUCAGAAUGUUGUUUACUUGGUCAAUGUUUCCAUUUUUGAAAGUCGCUUUAUAGUUUUAAUAAAUUUUAAUCGUUUAGAGCUUUGUUGACCUUGGUUAAUAUAACGUUUUCUCAAUUUUUGGCUUGUUAUAAUCCACGCCAUUCUUUUUGCACUACAUGAAACAAAAAACCAAGUUUCCCAUUGAUUAUUCCAUUCUCUUUUUGACCUAAACUCAUUAUCCCUAUCCAUUUUAAUAUCAACAUCUCGCGUUUUACACUACUCAUCAGCAUAUUCAUCAUGCCAUCCCUAACCUCGAUCCUCUUUCAGUUAACGACUUCAGCGACCUCGAUGACUACCCCAAAAAGUCAGUAAUACCUCACAAACUGUUGGGUGAAGUGGGCAAGGCCCGGUCCGCCGGCGACCUUAUGAAGCAGAAGAAGACGGUGGUGAAGACGUUCCAGCAGUUGAACAUUAUGAAGCUGCCCAGCGUCGACUCGGAUCUGGGCUCGAAACGCUCGUUGGGCAACUCGGACUCGUUUGGCUCGUUCGAUGAGGAUUCGCAGCGACGAACGCGAUACCAGUUGAAGUAA